AUGGGGCAGGCGAAUUCCACGUUCGAAAGGCCACACUCGCCCCCCACCUCGCCCGUCGGCCGCUACAACUUCCCUCCGCCGCUCUUUCCGCCCUCCCCUUCCGCCGCGAUCCCCUCCCCGCGCCUGACCACUCCGCGCGCGUGGCAUCUGGACGUCGUGCGCGCGGUCUUCUCCGACAGCGACUGCGUGCACGACGCCGUGUCGGGCCUCUUAACUCAGUACGUCGAGAAAAUAGUAGGCGCCACGGAUGCCAACUACCGCGAUCCGGACUCCAUAGAAGCCAUCUUCCUUGGCGCUCCCGCUACCGCUGGCGGCGGAAGCGGCGAAGGCGGCCGCGAUGGCGGCGGAGGAGGCGGCGGCGGCGCCCACCAGGCGCAUUCCGCGACCGCGGCGGAUGCGCCAGAACUCCCCGGACGGCGUUCGUCCCCCUCCUCCCCCACUAAUGGGGAACUUUCCGCCAAAUCUGCAGUAGCUGCAGCUGGGGGGGAAGGGGUUCCUACAGCCGCCGCAGCCGCUGCAAGUGCGUCACGCGCAGUUGCGAGUGAAUUCGUCGCGUCGCAGCAGCAGCAGCCGGCGCUGCAUCCGCUGAAGCGGCUGUCCAGCCGGCGGCUCGUGGCGGCGCCCGUGGCGCGCGCGCGGGAGGCGGCGACGCGCGAGGCGCUGGAGCAGCUGGAAGGCGCGAUGCGGCAGCUGGCGCGCGCGGAGUACGACUGGCUGGUGAGCAAGAUCGCGGAAGCUUCUGCGAUGGCGGCGGGGAAUAAGGAGGUGAGCAGCGCAAUUAACGGCGCGGGGGGCGGAGGGGGAGGCGCUGGGGGAGUGGGCGGAAGAAGCGGGCGGAGCAUUGCGGGGAUCGGGAGUAUUAGUCAACGUUUUACCCGAAGCACCAGCACUAGGUCCGGGUUUGGCCCGGCGAGCUCCCGAAUCGGGGACGCAGGUUCGGUCCCCCCGCCUCACCCGUUCCCCCGAAGCUCGUCGCAGAAAGCCCCGAAACUUGGGCACAGUCGCUCGCUGUCGCUGGGGCAGGCGCUGUCGCACAGGCACGUGGGAAGCAGCCAAUCAGAGGCGCGCGCUAAGCCUGGCGAAAGUCGCACAGCUUCGCAGGGGCAUCUGGGGCUGGAGGCUGCGAAAGUGGAAGAAGUGUUCGUGGUGGGGCUGGCGAUGUGGGUCGAAUUCUGGAAGCAAUGGGCCAAACCUGCCAGCCACGGCGCCGAAGCUGCAGCCUCGGCGCUAGGCUCGGGAUUAGGCUCGGCGGGGCAGGGGGGGAAGCUGGGGAGGGGGGCCGGGCAGUGGGGGCGGAAGGGCGCGGAAGGGGGGCUGCGGAGUCUGAAGAAGCGGAGGGAGAGGAUGAGGCGGAAAGAAGGGGGGAAAGGGGGAGGUGCGGGGAAGGAUGGGGGAGUUUUGGGCAAAGAGGGGAAGGAGAGGGUUCUAGGGGGUAAUUCCGUGCUGGAAGUGCAGUUGGAUGGGUUAAGUUGCAAGAAACCCUUGGAAGAAGGGACGUUUUUCUCAGUUGACCUGGGGGAUGAGGAGGGGGAUAAAGGGGGAAGAGGGGAGGCGGAGGGGGGGAUGGAGAGUAUCGAUUUGACUAGUGGGAGGGGGGAGGGGAGGGGGAGAAGGGGCAGACGGGGAGGAAGGGGAGGAAGGGGGGAACACGGGCAGGAUUCUGGAAGCUUCGUGGAGGGUUCUGGCGCUGAUUAUCAGGAAGGUGGGGGGAGGAAUGGGGAGGUGAGGGAGAGGGAAGGGAAGAGGGAGGGACGGCACAAGAGGCUUUGGCAGAAGAAACGACGACACAAGGCAGGACAUGGAGUGGCGGGAGUUGGUUCAGAUGCACGGUUGUCUGUUAGUGAGUGUUCCGGCCCAGAACUAGACACUGUAGCUGCCACUGCCAACCACUGGAAUGAGUCCCUCUAUGACGAGGAUUUCUCUAGUGACACUGUAAGGUUUGAUUUUGAAAAGCUUCCUAACAGAGCACUCUGUAACGAGGACAGCUGGAGCUCGGGCAGCAAUGGGUCGAGCGAUGAAAGCACGUACUACAAUCUCAACGAGUACGGCGCUUAUAACGAGUGCAGUGCUUUUAACGUGUUCGGAUCUUGUAACGAGUACAGCGGCAGCUACAGCGCGAGCGGCAGCAGCGGCACGCCGUUCUCGGCGUGUGCCCCCCACGGGGGGGCGUGUGGCGUGCACGUGGCAGAGGUAGAGGGCGACCUGCGGGCGGAGGCCGGGCGGCAACUGCAGGAGCAGCUUUUGGCGGAUCUGCUGGAUGGGCGGCAGGGCGCUCUGGGCGGCAAGCAGGGCGCAUGGGGGGAGGUGUUAUCUGGGGGCGGUGGUGCUGGUAGGGGCGGUGUUGGUGGGAGUGGUGGUGGGGGUGCGUUUGGCGCGUAUCUAGAAGGAAUGGGGGGGGUCAACGGGGUGGUUGCUGGGAUGGAAGGUUAUGGACUGGAGGGGUACGGGAUGGGGGGGUAUGGGGGAGUGGCGACGCCUACAGGGAGUGUGACAGUGAUAAAGGGGUUCCGGGAAGACGAGGAGAGUGCAGCAGGGAGUGUGUCAGGUGGCAAGGGCACGAGAAGCAGCACAGCAGGUGGCGGCAGCAGCAGUACCUCACCACUGCUCAACGGAGUCAACCCGGCUCUCUUCCAGCGCCAGCCUUCCUGGGCCUCCGGCAAGCCUGCUGCUGCCACUGCCACUGCUGCUGGUGGCCGUUCCUCGCUGUACCGUCAGCCGUCCUGGGGUGGCGGUGGGGGAGACAGUGCGUUGUUUCAGCGCCAGCCGUCGUGGCAGGGGGGUGCGUCGCCUUUCCAGCGGCAGCCGUCCAUUGGCUUCCGCAACAAGAUCGGUGCCUUGUUCCUGGGGGACGAGCGGGGGGCAGGAGGGGACGGUGCGGAGGAGGAGGGCGGCAUGGGGGAUCUGUCGAGGCUGUGGAGGAGGCAUGGGACGAUAGGCUCGGGUGUGGGUCGGGCAGGAAGCAUGUCCAUCUCUAAUGCUCCUGCUCCCAUGCGCCGCGCCACUGCUGGAGCCGCCACUGGUGCUGGUGGUGCUGGUGGUGCUGGUGGUGCUGGAGGGGAGUUAGCAUCCUCUGCAUCUGUCUCUGCUGCAGGGUUCUUUGGUCCCACGCGACUCACAGAGCUGGCAGAGCUGGCACUCGUUCGAUCCAUUCUCCACGCCCCUCCCAGCACCACGGCUGGCAGGACCAGCCUAGCUCCCACCCCUCCCAACACCUCUCCCCAUGGUCCUUCCAACGCCCCUACCAACGCCCCCACCACCAACCAGUCCACUUCCUACUCGCACCGUCUUCGCCAGCUGGACUCGCUUCUCACCACGCACGCGCUCGGCCCCGGGAUUCUCGCCCUCGUUUUGGCCGGGGAAGUUGCGGAACUACCCCAUUUGACCCAGGAGGACCUGUGGCUUUUAGCCGAUAGAGCAGACGAGAUGGGGUGUAUGGAGGCGGCUAUAAGAAUCUCUCUUAGGGCCGCCGCUGUCGCUUAUGAUGAUUUGGAUACUGUAGCGGAUACGGUCCGGGCGGCGAUGGUGCCUAAUGGGACGGAGCCCGUGCCGCAGCGGAUCCACCGGCUGCUCGGGGCGGCGCAUUUCGGACUGACGCACGCGCCGUCGGGCGGCGUGCGGUGGCAGUAUGCGAUGGCGUUCGGGGCGGCGUUUUUGGAGCCUCUGCGGGCGGCUGCUGCUGCCAGUGCUGCUGCUGAGGCGAGGAGCAGAGCGCUGGGGUGUGGCAGGGAGUGGGGUGGCAUAGGCGGGGGAAGAGGAGGGACAGGAAUGGGAGUGGGAGGGGGCUUGGGGUCUGGAGGAGCAGCAGGAGGAGGAGGAGCAGCAGGAGGAGGAGGAGCAGCAGGAGGAGGAGUACUAAGAGCAGGAGGAGAGGCAGCAGCAGGGGGGACAGCAACAGCGGUAGGAGCAGGGGGAGCAGCGAGGAGGGGAGUGAGCUACCCGUGGGCAUACGAGCUGGCCAACGGGUUUCUGCAGCUGAGUCGCGUGUUCGGGGCACCACCGUCUCGCGAGGAGCAGGAGCGCGCGGGCGAGAUGAGCGCCCUAUGCGCGCGGUUCGUGCUCAGACUGGCCAUUGAGCCGCUGCUGGUGGUGGAAGAAGAGGGGGAGGAGGAGGGGGAUGGGGAGGAGAAAAAGGAGGAGAAAGGGGAGGAGGGGGUGGAGAGGGGAGGGACCGAGGGGGAAGGGGGAGAGGGGAAAGGGGCCGAGGGGGAACGAAUGGAGGUGGAAGGGGAAGGGGAGGGGGAGGGGGAUGGGGAAGGGGAAAGGGACGGGGAUGGGGAGGGGAAGGAGGAGAAAGGGGCGGACGGUGUGGAAGGGAAGGGGGCGGAGGGGGAAUGGGCAGAGGGGAAAGGGGCGGAGGGGAAAGGGGAGGAGGGGAAAGCGAACGGAACAGAAGGGAAGGGGGACGAAGAGAAAGGGGAGGAGGGGAGGAAGGGGGAGGUUGAGCGGGACAGCGAGAGGGCGACAGGUAGAGAGGAAGAGGGGAAUGAAAGCGACGGUGACGGCGAGAACGUGAUCAUCUAUGCCGGGCAGUACUAUGGGAGCAGUGCAGUGCAGCGCGAUGGGAAGAGCGUGCGGCCGUUCCGCAGCAAGAGUGUGCAAUCGGGUGAUGGCAACAAGAGUGUGCGGCAGUGCGAUGGCAGCCGGGCAGGAGAGACAGGGGAGACGUUUGAGCUUGAGCCGACUCAUAGGUCGUUCCGCAGCAAGAGUAUGAGAUUGGGCGAUGGGGGCAGCAGGGCAGAAGAGACGGGCGAGGGGCGGGCGAUUGCGAGCUUCUUCACAACUAAGGAAAGCGCUCUCAAGGCGGUGCUGGAGCGAGGGGGUGAGGAUGAAGGCGGUGUGGAGGAGGAGGGUGUGAAGGAGGUUCGGGAAGGACAGGGGGCUGUGGAUGCAAGGGCUGUGGGUGCAGGGGCUGUGGAUGCAAGGGCUGUGGGUGCAGGGGCUGUGGGUGCAGGGGCUGUGGGUGCAGGGGCUGUGGGUGCAGGGGCUGUGGGUGCAGGGGCUGUGGGUGCAGGGGCUGUGGGUGCAGGGGCUGAAGGAAGAGGGGGAUGUGAAGAGGGGGUGAAGGAAGGAGGUGCAGAUGUGGCUUUGCAUGGGCAGCGAGCGGUGAGUGCGCCGCGGGCUCUGAAUGCGGUGAGCUCGGCAGUGGCAGAAGGCCCGGACGGCAAACCGGCCGAGGCUGAUCAGGAGGCUCGGCAGCGGCAGGUUCGGGAGGCGGCGCUGGUUCGGUGGGCGGCGGAAGUGAGCUUCCCAGGCGUGGAGGUGGGGUGGGCGCAGUGGAAGGCGGUGGGAGGGCUGCUGGAGAGGGAAAGCGCACUGGCACAUAAGGCUCUGCCUGUCAUGUGGGGGAAGGCAGUCAAAGGGACGUUCAAGGCAGUGACGCCGGAUGGAGCUAUCCCGGAGCAGCAGAUGCUGGAGGUGUUCGACUGGGGCCUAGAAGGGCUGCUCAUCACCCUCACCUCGCCCGGCCCCAUUUACCUCGAGUCCACCCCUAGAGCCCAACCGCAUGCAGCCCCCUCUGCACCCAACCCCUCUGCACCCAUCAGUACCACCACUACCUCCUCCUCCUCCUCCUCCUCCUCCUCCUCCUCCUCCUCCUCCUCCUCCUCCUCCUCCUCCUCCUCCUCCUCCUCCUCCUCCUCCUCCUCCCCUUCCCCCCUCAGCCCCUCCCUCCACCGCUCUCCCUCCUCCCUCGCCUCCGCCUGGGCCUGGAUCGAGCGCCUGAUCUCCACCGUCGAUCCGCGCGAGAAGGACAUCGGGGAUCUAAUCCUGGCCGUUGCAGCGCGCAUGGCGGCGCACAUCUAUUGGCGGUGGCCCAGGCGGAGGGACAAUGCUCGAUACAUAGCCCGCCUCCUGCUCUAUGCUCACAAGCGCUUUGGCUGGCAGCAGGGGGGGCCGCAGGCGCAGUGGGGGCAGUGGGGGGGACAGCAGGGGCAGCUGAGAAUGCGUGCGGUGAGGGUGAGUGAGCGGCUGUGGGGGUGGAGCCUUCCUGAUGCUGCUUCUGUCCGAGAACAGUGCGAGGUGAGGGUGGUGGGAUGA